CAUUACGCAACCUCGCGGAGGUGCAUUAUGGGUGUUGGAGUUUUAUCACCUGGAUUUAUCAAUGCAAACUAAUCCACCUGGUUUGUGUUUGGAACUACAACCCCAAACUGGAACGGAAGUGAUGUCAUUUAAAAGGUCAGAGUUCAUUUUGGUGUCAACACAUGUGCGUCCGUCGUAUAGCCAUGCGUUUUUUGAGGUAGAAAACUUAUUUUUUUUAGCAGUUUGUGGUUAUUUGUGAACUUUAAAAAAUGCCCAGAGACAUAUCAUCUUCAUCGAGUGAAGAUGAAGAGGACACUAAUACUACAGGAUCACCUGUAAUGCAAAAAGAAACCGAGAAGAAGAUCACCAGGUACCAGUGUCCUGCUGACUUUGUGUCUUUCAGCCAUAAGCCCUGCAGCAGCACUCUCACCCGGAGUCUGAAGAACAACAAGAAUGAGUUGUGGCUCAUUAAAGCUCCUGCCAGCUUUAACCCAAAAUGUUUCAGUGGCAUCAAGGUGCCCCUCUCAGGUCUCCAGACCCUGAAGGUUCCUACCGCUGCUGGCGGAGCCAAGACCAGGAGUGGCCAGCAGAUCUACAGCAUCCUGGGGUCCUCCCACGGUACCUCAGAGCUCCGCCUGCUCACCAGCAACAAGCAGUCGUCAGACGGCGUGGUUUUUGGCCCCUCGUUUUCAGGCCUGCUAAAUGUGUGUGAGAGCUAUGGAGACAGCAGCACCAACCAGGCCCCUCAGGUCAUCCCCGCAGCUCCAGCACCCUCCAUACCGCCGGGGCUGAAGCAGAGGUUCCACCCGUUCGGCAGUAAGACGCCCACGUUGACCUGCGUGGCAGAGAGCGAGGCGGACGGAGCCGCCUUCGGGCCCUCGUCUGCAACUCUCCGUCCCCUGGUAGUCAAACGAUUCGUUGGAGAAACAUGGCAGCAGAAAGAAGAGGAGGAGGAGGAAGAGGAAGGGAGGAAAAAGAAGAAGAAGAAAAAGAAAGAUAAGCAAAUAAAGACAGAGCGUGUAGAGGAGGAGGCGGAGGUGAAAAUAGAACCUGUAGCUGAAAUUCAGGACGAAGUGAUGACAGCGCUCCCCUUCCAGGAGGGCGACGUUCCAGAGGAGAAGAGGAAAAAGAAGAAGAAGAAGAAGGACAGGGAGCGAGAGGAGGUGGAGGAGGGCGUGGAGCCCAGUGUGACGGUGAAGGUGGAAGAGGUGAAAUGUGAACCAAUAGACUCUUCGUAUGGUGACGUAGCGGAGGGAUCGGGAAAGAAGAAGAAAAAGAAGAAGAAAAGUAAAACUGAUGACGACUAGUCUGUCGUCACUUUGUUGUUUGAUGUUUACUUUCUAGUUUUGACCUUCUGAACCCGCCUGGGAGCCAUUUUACUACUAAUUUACUCCAGCGUAUUGAUUGAUUGCAUAAUGCGAGGCCUGCUUUGGCAGGACAUCACAUUCAGAACAAGGAACACAUCCUGAAUCAAUUGAACAGCGACACGAAUUAUAAAGUGGAUUCACCCGAACGUCUUUAAGGCCAAUGUUCCUCUCAGUUUGAGCUCCGAAAGUGACGGUUUUACACACAAAGAAUGUGUGCAGCCGCAGCAUCUAUGAGAACUUGGGUAAUAAGAGGGGGAACUUGUGAGUUUUUCUGCCAGUGUCUGUCAAGUUGUGGUAGAUUUGAUGGGAUUAUGCUUACACACUGUGUUCGUGUACAUACUCACACGACCGGGCUGGUAACGUCGCUGGUUUGGCUGCAGGUUCAGAAAACCUGAGAUGGUAUAACGACAGAUUAAUCGUUCACUGUCACGUCAUGUUUUUUUUUUUUUUAAGGAUCUGAGUCACAUGUAUUGGAGAACACAUGUUUCAAAAUAAACUCCAAAAGUGAUUAAAGGACAUUAAAUGAAAAAAACAUGUUUGUGUUUUUGUCCUGCAUGUCUUCCAACACUUUCCCGCCAAUGCCUCGAUAGAGCAGUGAUUUCAUCCAGGAGGAAUGAUGCUCGAACUUGUGUUGUAACUCUGACUAUCUCUGACCCAAUGAAUUGUGCAACAAUAAGAAAGUGCCCAAUUUACAGAUUUGUUGUUUUCUAAUGAUCUGAAGUUUUUGGUGCGAGUCGUGCAUUUAUGAAACUAAUAGUUUGUUCAACGGACAGACAUUUCAGUUUAACAAAAAUGAUUUUACGAAUGAACAGUGAGGAGUAGUAUAUUUUGAAAUGAAGUUGCUGAUGGAACAAAAUUGGCCUUUUAGUAAAUAUCAGAUGGUCGCCAUGGUGUCUCCCUGACACCGCAUUGAAUCAGAUAUAAUUGUACUGUCUUUGCACAUUAAAAUCACUGUAAGUGU